AUGAUACUAUCCUCGGUGUUUUUGACUGCAUUGUUAGUCGCAAUCGGAGUGCAGGCACAACCGCGCAGUAUCACGAAUAUCCCAAUUGACGGCUGCUCAGCACUCCCAAGGUGGAAUAAUGAAACGAAUAUUGCUGGACCGUGGACGUUCCAGCUUGCAGGUUGCAGGUAUGGGACGGCCUCUUGCAGUAUCGAGGGCUAUACGGCAAGCUGCGAGGUGAAACGGUCGGCAGAAGAGAAAGGGAUUAAUCGAGGAACUAUCAUCAUCGGCGACAGCCUAUACACUGCGAAGACCAUGUUCCGCUGCAACGGCGCCCUGCGCACCUUGGAAGCCUACGUCCCCUCCGGUGCUGGAGCAUUAGAUUGGCACGCGAUCGGUAUUCGCCGAGAUCCCAGGACGGGUGAGAUGGAAUGGGGACUGGGUUCUAAGGAAGCCGAGCGGGUCGAGGUAUACCAACGAUAUGAGCGAGGUGAACCGGGUGAGGGUUUCUUGCUGGGAUCUCAGGGCCGAACUAAUUGGAUCGUUCGCCAUUCUGGCUCGAGCUUGAACAGCUUGGACCAUCAGCCCUUCUGGUCCCUGCGUCUUAUGGGAUCAGAUACGAAGCGACGAGCUGGCGAGUAUGAAACUCGGAUUCGAAUCAACAGCGAUUAA